GGAUUAUUUGCAAAAUGAAUCAUUAGACAAAAGAAAUAUUGCUCUACCAGAUCCAGAUUCUUGGAAAUUAGUUAAUACAGAAGACACUGUGCCUCAACAAUACAACGGAUCCGAUUGUGGUGUAUUCUUGUGUACAUUUGGUGAAUUCAUCUCUCGUGAUGCUUCAUUCAUAUUUAGUCAGGAUGAUAUGCCAGGAAUACGUAAACGUAUGAUGUAUGAAAUACUUACACAACAAUUAUUAACUACAAAUUUCAAAUUAGACAAUGAUCAUCAAUAGAGAAGAGAAGUAGACAAUUUUACUACUGUGUGUGGCCUUCAAUUUUUUGAAUGAAUUUUUUGUCUCUCAACUAUAUUUGUAUAUGUAUAUGUAUAUGUACUUUUGUGUUGUCUCUCUUUAGCUCU